AUGGGUCGUCUCGCCAUUGCGCUAGUGUUAGUUCUUGCUUGCGCUGCUACGGCGCGUGCUAUUACAUGGAACGACAACAGGCACCAGGCCGACUUCGACAGCGGUCGAGUUACUUACACGUCGUGCGAGGAGAACCAGCUGUGCAUUAAAGACUGCGCCGAGCAAUACCCAACCCGCUAUUACAUGGGCCAGUACUCGCUCCCCUUCUACCGCUGCACGGGUACCACUGCUACCACCAACAAGAACUUGGGGCUUCCUUUCUGCACCGGCAAUGCUAUUACGGAGCAACAGUGUUGCAGCUCUUGUAUCAAUAGCACCACGUGCUCGUACUGGCAGAUGUGCGUGACGUCCCAGUAUGACAUGGAGCUGCCCGACGGCACCACCUUCCCACGCAACAACGCCAACAUCAGCGUCGUCGGCCACCCGUGCGGCGAGGGCGAGAACGACCCCCACUUCCGCGGCGCGCACGGAACGCGCUUCGAGUUCAACGGUCUGCCGGAGCAGUCGUUCUGCCUGCUGACUGACCGCAACCUGCACGUGAACAUGCGCAUGCGCGGCUACUACGACACGCGCACCACCGGCGCGUCCAUCCUCAAGAACGGCAAGGCGGUUCGCACGUGGAUCCGUGAGCUGGGCUUCCUCUGGACCGACGCCGCCGGCAAGAAGCACUCGUUCCGCCUGCUGGCGCGUGACGGCAAGAAGACGGCGCGCGGAAAGGGCUUCCUGAAGGAGAUCGAGUACGACGGGCACGUGCUGCCGCUGCUGAAGCUCGGCGAGAAGUACUCGCUCAAGGGCGGGCUCACGUUCGCGUUUGAGGCGUACGAGAAGGCCGGGCGCGGCUUCUUCGACGUGGACUCGUAUCACUUGGAGAUCGAGGGGCUCCUCAAGAUGGGCAUCAAGCUCCGCGUGGCGCACCCGCUGCUGCAGACCAAGGACGAUGCCGAGGCGCAUUUGAACGUGCACUUCGAGCACAUCUACAGGACCGACGACAUUCACGGCAUCAUGGGGCAGACGUAUCGCGACGGCCGCGAGAAGCGCGCGCUCGACUACAACACGCUCUCGCAGGUGAUUGGCCGCCCAAUUGCUGCUGACGGGCCAAGUGGUGCUGGUUUCCUGGACGGCAACGUGAAGGACUACCGCACGUCGGGCGUGCUGUCGCCUGACUGCCUGUACACGGCGUACGACGGCCACGACCUGCCCACGAUUGCGUCGUACAAGGGCAUUCAAAUGGCUUGA